AUGACAGGAGAGGUAUAUUUCGCUAAUGGUUUGCGAAAGCUACGUCCUUAUUAUAAUACCAGGACUUCAUUUGUAAAAGGACGAUGGUUAGGAAAGCCAUUAGUUGAUGUACUAACUAAAGAAUUUCGACUUUAUCCACGAGAACAUUACGUUUCGGAGAUCAAUAAAAAUCAUUUCAAAAUCAUUAGAGAUGACAUACCUUUAAAGCCCACUGAGGUAUUCGAGUCGGCGAUAAAAAAUAAAGAUAUAAUAGAAACCAUAUCUCACAAACAUGAGCCUCCAGUAAGACAAUGGUGUAAUGAACAAGAAGAAGCAGAGGAUAAUAAGAAUAGGAUUGCUGGGUUUGAUAUUGUUCAUGAAGAUGCUGACAUUUUAGUUAUCAAUAAACCAAAUGGGAUUCCAAUCCAUCCUACUGGCCAAUUUUACCAAAAUACAAUAACUGAAAUAUUAAAAUCACACGAUAAACCAGUUUUACCAUGCUAUAGAUUGGAUAAAGUGACUUCAGGUCUAUUAAUUAUGGCCAAGAACAAAAUUGCAGCUGGGAAAGUACAGUCGAAAAUACGAGCAAGAGACAUGUCUAAAUUAUAUUUAGCUAGAGUUCAAGGGAAGUUCCCAAACGUUCCGGAAAGAUCUAUGAUAAUAAAUAAUACUAUAAAUGAUGCAUCUAUUAUGUUUGAUGACUCUACAAUAGUUACAACUGUAGACUCCCAUGUUUAUACUAUAGAACCUAAGAAACAAUUUCCUGCCGGAUUGUCGAUGUCAAGGGAGGCCAUUACUUUAUUUUACCCGCUUUCAUACCUUCCUAAGGAAAAUCAAAGUGUAGUUGUGUGCAAACCUUUAACUGGACGAACCCAUCAAAUUAGAAUCCAUCUGGCAAGAUUAGGGUUCCCUAUAGUCAACGAUUCAAUGUAUAAUGAGGCAAAGGCUACAUACCCCGAGAGACUCAAAUUUAUGCUGGAUUAUGGUAAUUGGGAGUCAUCAGGAUUAUCGACAGAACAUCUAUCGAAAAAGUUUGCAGAGUUUGUUGCUGAAGUCAGGGAGGCUCAUGAUUUAAAGUCUGCCGGAAAAUUAAACAAAUUUAGAUGCGGGGAAUGUGGGUGUUGGGAAAUGGAUGAUCCCCCUGUAGAGGAUUUGGUAUUAUGGUUACAUGCAUGGAAAUAUUCUGAUUCGGAAGGAACAUUUUCGUUUGAAACAAAGCUACCACUGUGGGCGUGUGCAUAG